GCAAAAACACACAACAAACAAUGUCCCCAAGUGCCCACUCCUCUUCUGAUAAGAAGCAAUCUGGAUCUGCUCGUGUUCUCGGUUCUGCUGCUGCCGGGAUCUGUGAAAUUGCCGUUUUCCAUCCUGUUGACACUGUCUCCAAGAGAUUAAUGUCUAACCAUGGUAGUAUUAAAUCUGCUGCUCAUUUAAAUCAAGUUAUUUUCCGUGACGCUGCCGAACAAGCUUUAGGUAAGAGAUUAUUUACCUUGUUCCCAGGUUUAGGAUACGCUGCUUGUUACAAGAUCUUGCAACGUGUUUAUAAAUACGGUGGUCAACCAUUUGCUAAUGAAUUCUUGAGUAAGAACUUUAAAGAUUCUUUUGAUGAUGCAUUUGGUCCAAAGAAUGGUAAGGCUUUGAUGUCUGCCACUGCUGGUUCUCUUAUUGGUAUCGGUGAAAUCGUCUUGUUACCAUUAGAUGUCUUGAAGAUUAAACGUCAAACAAACCCAGAAGCAUUCAAGGGUAGAGGAUUUACCAAGAUUAUUGCUGAUGAAGGUUUUGGAUUAUAUAGAGGUUGGGGAUGGACUGCUGCCCGUAAUGCACCAGGUUCUUUCGCUUUGUUCGGGGGUAACUCCUUUGCCAAGGAAUAUAUCUUUGGAUUAAAGGAUUAUUCUCAAGCUACUUGGACUCAAAACUUCAUCACUUCUAUCUUUGGUGCUUCCGCUUCUUUGAUUGUUAGUGCUCCACUUGAUGUUAUCAAGACCAGAAUUCAAAAUAAAAACUUUAACGAUGCUCAAUCCGGGUUCACCAUUUUGAAAAAUAUGGUUAAGCAUGAAGGUUUCAGUGCUUUCUUCAAAGGAUUAACCCCAAAGUUGUUGACCACUGGUCCUAAGUUGGUCUUCUCAUUUGCAUUGGCUCAAAGUUUGAUUCCUGCUUUUGAUAAGUUGUUGAGUGGAAGUAAAUAGAUGUUCUUGUAUAUAAAAAAUUUUGUCUAUAGAAAUAAACUUUAGAUUAUGUUAAAAAUCCUGGCUGCGAAAAACGAAAUUUUCACAAUUUGAAAAACAAUCAAUUUCAACAAUUAAGACAUGACAUGUUUCUUCCUAUUAGGAAAUCAAUACAUUGACCUUUUUGGAUGUACGACAACUGGAACGUAACUAGCAGCAAUCACCCAAAGCAAUCAUCAUUUAGCGGUUCUUAAACCAACGUUUGUUGACAUCACAACCUGAUAGUUUGAUUGAUUACACGAGGAUUAAUGGAUAUUUGGUAUGAUAAUCUUAUUACUAAUGUCGGACCCAGGAAAUCUCUUCCCAAACUUAUCCCAAUUUCUUGUAUAAUACCCCGUAGGUUAAAACCACUAAGAUUAAAAUCCUUUAGGUUAAACCUCCCCCAUCAUUACAGUCAUAUCGGAAUACACACAGCUAAAUCAUCCCUUCUUCCGAGAUCAAGGUUGCUACCCUGUCACUAGUGCAUAAACGAGAGGAUGCGCCGUUUAUUAUUUCAAACUUGCUAUCGUACGGCUAUGCCAAGUGUCAGCAAUGUUCCACGGGUAUUGGCGGUUUUUUAGUGCAGGGGGGGAACUAAGCAUUGUUGAUUGAUUGAGUGCCUAGACUUGAUUUGAGAUGUGUCAUUAGAAGUUGACUAAUGAAUGGAAUUGAAGACUUUAGAUGGUGAAAAUUUGUGAAUGUAUAAUAUCUACCGGGGUUUGAUAUUUAUAAACCCGAGCCAGUAUCUUCGGAAAAUAAUGUUAAAUAUUUUCUGCCUUACUAAUCAUAUGCAACGGUUCGGUAAUAGCGCCUACAAUGUGUCUUAUUAUUCAUCAAAACCAAGAAAUAAACAGUAAUACCAGCCACAACCAAGGUAAGACCCUGUCUUAACAAUAUUCAGUUGU